AUGGCCGACGUCGCGACUCCCGACUCUGUCGCCGCCAACUCUCCCAAUGGCGGUGGUGCAAGAAUUGGCCGGCCUCCACAAUGGACAGAGUCUCGGUCCAGGAAACUGGCCAGGCUGUACAUGUAUACCACCUUACCAAUGGAGAAGAUCAUCAAGGCCCUCUUUCCCAACGAUGAUGUCAAGAAAAACUCGGCGCAGAAGACCCUGCACAAGAUGGUCGGUCACGAUCCUCGGCCCCUACGGCCCGUCGACAGGAACGACAUGAAUACUCGCUUCAAGCUGCUCCACAAGCGCAGCCAACGUCGACGGCAGAGCGAUGGGACACCCAUUGACCAGGAAGACCGUGUCGUGGCAGGAUUGAAGGAGGAACUCGCCACCCCGGCCUUCUCAGAUGUGUCCCGUUUUGACGAUUCCGCCACGCUCAAGAGCCCCCAUAUGGACAUGCGGUUUGACUUUGCUUCGCCGAGUACCAUUGAUUCAGCCUCUCCGGGCCCUGUGUGGUCCGCCUUCCCAAAGGACGACGAUCAACCUCCUUUCCAGCUUCCCUUUCCCCGCCCCCCUCGUAACGAUACAGUCUUCACCCAGUCGACCCAAAUGAGCACGGACAGUAUUAAAAGCCUCAGGAACCGUAUCAGCGUCUCGACCGUCUUUGCUAAGCAGGUGUCUGUCCUGAUGAGCAGGCUCACCAUCGGUAAUUCUGAGAACGACGGGAACUCACCGUGCCGGACGCCGUCGGAUUUCUCAACGCAUCAGAGCCCCGUCUCAACCGGCCCAACGCCGCACCCAGGACUAGCUGUGCCUGGUGAUUUCAUGAUCUCUCGGAAAUAUAUGCCCCAGUGCCAUGCGCAGAAACACUUCGCCAAAUCCUCGGACGAAGGCGGCGUCCUCUGCUGGUGCACCAUUGCGGACGAGACGGCGGACCUGCCUGAGGCCUUCUAUAUCACAGACAGGGGGGCCGAUUGCGAUCGGGCAGCAAGUGUCCGGCAAGGGUCUGCAGGUGCUUCAUCUGCGGAUCGGUUCGGCAACACUCCUCUCCAUCUCUUCGCCGCAUGGGAUAAUCAGAUUGGAAUCGAGACAACGUUUCAUCUGCUCGAGUCGGGCCGCGCAGAUCCCUCUAAGGUCAAUAACGCGCACCAGACGUUCCUUCAUGUUCUCAGCCCCAUGUGGUUCUUCGGCACGAAUGACCUCGGCGUCCCUCUGUACAAGCUCUUGAAUUUCCUCUACGCACGCCACAAGAACUUGAUCUACGCUCCCGAUGUCUUUGGUCGGACUUUCUUCCACCAGAUCGAUCGGUUCGUGCAUGAUCCCCAGAUUAUUGAAAACAUCACCCAGCACUAUUGGUCGGCAAUCCGGAGGGACGCUUUUGAUAUCAAGCCGCCCUCGCAUGCUACCGAUACAUCCUUUGCUCCUCCGAGACGCACCGGUACGACGGCGCUCUCGCCCCUGGCCGAAGAGGCCCCAGAAGAAGACUUCACGAGCAGAGACAUGGGUCUGGUAUCUAUUGUGAACGAGGCAUACAACAAUCCGUUUUUGGAGGACAACGAAGGGCGGAAUGGGCUACACUGCUUGGCGGAAAUGCCUUUUAUCACCAGCAAUCCCAGCAGUCCAGACCCCAACACCCCGAAUCCAUCUCAACCACCGAACACCAACACUAAGGGUUCACUCAAGCGAAAACACGGCAGGGACGACGCAGAACGUAUAAAGCCCAUCACCCAAAGACUCUCAGUCCUUUCAGGUCUUUUGACGCCGGUGAAACAGACAGCGUCACCCGAUGUCAAUCACUACGACCACAAGGGCAACACCGUUCUAAUAGCAUUCGCGGCACAACUCUCUGACGACCAGGACGACAAGAGCGGUCAGCACAUUGGGAGAAUACUCGAUUUGCUCAUCGACAACGGUGCUAUACUCGACGCACGGAACCGCCAGGGUGAGACGGCUCUCCUGGUCGCUGCGAAACGUGGAAACAAGCACGUCGUCAGUAAGCUGCUCGACAAAGGUGCCAAUCUACACGCACGAGACAAGUGUGGAAGGGCUAUCAUGGCUAUUAUUGACGCACAGAUUGCGCUUUGCUCAAAGGAUUUACCGUCAUAUGGGCGACUGGAGGCUGUUAGAGCAGCAGUGCUCGCCAAGAAGUUGGAGGAGAAGGGGGUAGAGGACGAGCCGACUUUUGUGGAUGAGUGGACCUGGGCUUCGAGACGACAGACAUAA